AUGGACGCCUACAAUCUUACCACAGUGACUCAGUUCAUCCUCAUAGGACUCUCUGACCUCCCUGAGGUGCGCUACCCUCUCUUUGUGGCCUUCGCCAUCAUCUACCAGAUCACUGUGCUGGGAAAUGGGGCCAUCCUCUUGGCCAUUGGGGCAGAGAAAAAGCUUCAAACUCCCAUGUAUUACUUUUUGGCAAAUCUGUCCCUCCUGGACAUCUUCUGUCCAUCAGCUACUGUCCCCAAGAUGCUCCAGAAUCUCUUGACUGAGGAGAACAGCAUUUCUUUGGUUGGGUGUGCCUUGCAGCUUUACUUCCUCGUGGCCCUAGCUGGAACUGAAGUUUUCCUGCUGGCUGUAAUGGCCUAUGACAGGUAUGUGGCUAUCUGCUUCCCUCUGCGUUACUCCCUCAUCAUGACCAAGGUUCGCUGUGGGCAGCUGAUAUCUGGGACCUGGGCAGCUGGGUUCCUCAAUUCACUCCUCCACACAGUGUCCACCUUCAGUCUGUCUUUCUGCAAGUCCAACCGAGUUAACCAGUACUACUGUGACAUCCCACCAGUGGUGGCCCUGUCAUGCUCUUCCACCUACAUGGCAGAAAUGCUGGUUUUAGUGGUAGGAGGGAUCUUGGGAGUCAGUGCCUUCCUGACCACCUUGAUCUCGUAUGUGUACAUCAUCUCCACCAUCCUGAAGAUCCAGUCAGUGGAAGGGAAGCGCAAAGCCUUCUCCACGUGUGCUUCCCAUCUUCUUGUGGUCUGCUUGUUUUAUGGCACAACCAUAUUUACGUACAUCCGCCCUUCUUCCAGCAAACAUUCUCCUGCUAGAGAUAGACUGAUCUCUAUGCUCUAUGGGGUUAUUACCCCCAUGUUAAAUCCCAUGAUCUACAGUCUGAGGAACACAGAGGUCAAAAGAGUACUUAAAAGAGUUUUGUGUGGUAGGGUAUGUUUUCAGAAAGUAUAA